UAUUAAAAAAAAAUAAUUAUUUCAAAAGAAUGAAAGUCCCCCCACCACCCAGUUAUGACGAAACAACAGGGACAGCACCUCCUUUAGACGAUUCUGCCCACGUUUAUCCACCAAUUCCGGAAUUUAAUGACCAAACUUUUCCACAACCUUUAAUGGGUAUUCCUCCACAGAAUGAUGAUGCUCCUUAUUCACAUCCACAUCCUAAUGUUGACCAGUUUCUUGGACCUUUUCCGCAACAAGCUUAUUGCCCUACAUGUAAACAGCAUACACUAACUGAAGUUAAAUAUGUUUCUGGUUUGCUUACUUGGAUAUUGGUUUUUGUCUUUAUUAUUUUUGGAUUUGUUUGUUGUUGCUGUCUCAUACCGUUUUGUGUUGACAGCUGUAAAGAUUGCCAGCAUCGCUGUACUCAGUGUUAUACUUAUAUUGGGACAUAUCAACGUGUUUUUGGGAGUACUCGAAGUAAUCAAGGGAAUGUUAUUAUUGUGAGACAGAAUUAA